UGUCACUUGGGUGCUGUCGCUCGGAGUGUCGCAAACCAUGAUCGCGUUGAUGGACGACGUCGAGGCCACCACGUCGUUCGUGCUCUUCAUUGGCGUCUCUCUCUCCGUCACGGCGUUCCCCGUGUUGUCCCGCAUCCUGGGCGAGAACUCCCUCCUCAACACAACCGUCGGGGCCCUGGUCAUCUCAGCCGCCUCUGUCGACGAGGCCUGCGUGUGGUGCCUCUUGGCCCUCGUGGUGUCCACGGUCAACGCCGGGAGCCCCCUCGAUGCCUUUUACGUGUUCCUCCUCCUGGCGUUCUUCGUGGCGGUCAUGCUGACCGUCGUGAAGAAGGCGCUGCUGGUAGUGGUGCGGCGAGUGUCUGGCGAGGACACGGGCGCACCCUCCCGCGGCGUGAUGAUCCUCUGUCUGCUGCUGACCCUUGUGGCGGCCUGGGUGACCGACUUCAUCGGCAUCGACGCCAUUUUCGGGGCCUUUGUUGCGGGCAUCAUCGUGCCGAGGGAGCACAGCCUGCACGUCCGCAUCGUCGAACUGGUGCAGGACGUGGUGUCGGUGCUGCUGCUGCCGCUCUACUUCGCCGUGUCCGGCCUUAAGACGGACCUCACUCUCCUGGACAGCGCCACCUCGUGGGGCAUCUGCGCGCUCACCAUUUCCGCCGCCUGCUUGGGUAAGUGGAGCUUGAAACGGUUUUUCUUUCCUACCCCGAUCAACUACGUAAUGCUUGUUCCCGCUCGGCUAGGCCGGGCAUCGGUCGGUUGCAGAGGUCCAUACGCUUUGUUGGGUCGAAGGCCCAGGCCAAAGGUGUUUUUCCUCGAGAAAGGGAAGAUCGGUAGCGGCUCCGCCGUGGCGAGAUUUUUCGGGAUGACUCCGCGCGAGUCACUGGCCGUUGGCGUUCUGAUGAACACGAGGGGGCUUGUGGAGCUCAUCAUCCUCAACAUCGGCCUCGACGCAGGAGUACUCACCGAGGAGGUGAUGGCGAUCAUGGUGGUUAUGGCCUUGGUCACUACCUUUUUGACGGCACCCCUGUCGUCUUUCGUCUAUCCCCUCAAGUACCACACCGUGCCCGACCGUAACCGCCGCCGCCGGGCGUCCGAGGAGUCCGGAGCCACCAAGAACAGCCUCUCUCGCACGCUCUCCUCCAUCCCGGACCUCGGCGAGUUCGCCCAAGAGCGGCUCACGCUCAUGGUUCUCGUCGCGAACCCCGCUGCCCUCGACGCGGUCGCGAGGAUAGCGAGGUUAUUCAGCGGGAACCAGCCGGCAGACAAGAAUGCUGCCGGAACAUCCCCUCGUCGGAAAGGAAGCGGCACACGUGCGGACAGAGAGGACGGACCGGUCGUGCACGCGCUCCGGCUUGUUGAGAACACCGACCGCUUCUCGAGCGACAUGCGAGCGCUGGAGAAGGGCGAGACCCUGAACAAGGACGGCCUCGCCGGCAUCCUCCAGGGAUUCCUCGGGUUGCUCAUGAUCAGGGUCAAGUCGCACAUCUCGGUGGGCACCCCGACCGACUUCUGCCAGGACGUGGCCCGCCUGACGGACGAGCACGGCAUCUCGACGGUCGUCUUUCCCUGGGACGCCGGGACGACGCACCCGAGCGCGCAGCUCGCGAGGGUGGAGAAGCUCAUGGAAACCACUCACCCGCAGUUCGUACUAGCGUUCAACUGCCACACCGUGUUGGCGUCAGGCGGCCUGAGCUUGAUGGUGCCGUUCUUCGGCAGCGACGACGAUGUCGCCGCCCUCCUUCUCGCCCUCGCCAUCGUUGCUCGGGACACGUCGGCGGAAGUGGUCGUUCUAUCUUUCCUCGAGCCCGAGGACUCGGCGACGGGGCCGCGGGCGGCGGACAGUGCACGGCAAGAGAACGGAUCCAUCAUGUCCAUGUUCGAACAAGGACCCCCGGGAGACACCGACCUGGAAGCGGGCAGCGCCGUGACCGUGCAACCGGGGUCGAAUCCCGGUACCCCAGCUCCGACCGCGGCCGCCGCCGCUGCCACCCCCACGGUCGGGGGCAACGGUAGCGACUGGGCAGCUACUACUGCUGCUGCUGCUGCUUCCGCCGGGGCAGUCGGGUCCGACACUCGCAGCUCAUGGUCGGCCCGCGAGCUCCUGGCGAGAGCGGAGGGACUCCCCCAGGUUCGCGUUACGCGGGCGUGGUCCCUGACCGCGGCGCUCUGCGCGAUGUCGACGUCUUCGUCGACGGUGAAGUCGGGGGCACCCUCGAUCGUCCUCCAGGUGGCCACCGCGCAGUCCAUCGGGCUCGUGCUCUGCGGCUGCGCCGGGUCCGGGCUGCCGCCGCUGGCGACGACACCCGGGCAGCAGCAAGGGGGGGGGAGAGGGGCGGCGGGCGCCGGUGCUGGGAGCAGCGACGUGCCGCUUGCCGGGACGAGGUCGGUGCACGGGAAGAGGCCAUCGCUGGGAAGCAGGCACGGACCCGGCUCGCUCAUGACGCGCAGCUGGCACGGGAAAUCGCUGCACCACGCGCGCGGGAGCCACCGCGCUCGCGAGGCCGCCGCCGCCGCCGCCGCCGCCACCGCCAGCAACGCCAGCCUCGGAGGGAGCCGGCCGGGCUCCCACUCGAGGAAGAACGGCUUGGCGUCAGCGGUGAAAGGGGUGAUCGACAGCGCCCUGUGGGACAUCGUCGGGGACGUUGCGGCGGGGCUGGUGUGUUCGGAGCCCGCGCCGGCUGUGCUCGCGGUGCGGUCUAGCAUCCCGGUCACGUCUGCAACGGUUUGAGGGGUUCAAGGUCGCCGAGAAUGUGGUCGUCGAUUUCUUCAUGGCGUCAGGGUCGGCAGCCCCGCGGCGGUGCGCACGUGAUCAAAAGCGCCAGGGAAACAAGACAAAUUGUGGCAUGGAGUGUUAAGAUGCCAAGAACUUGGUUUUCGCUUCGGUGACGGAGUGACAAGUUUACUGAUGUGAUGGCGAUAUGAGAAAAUGGUGGUCGCGUAGGAGAUGAAUAAGAGAGGCGAGUUUGUGAUGGAAUGGAGAUGACAAAAUGGCCGAAGGGCGACCGCCGAACUAAAUUAACUCUGUUCUUGAUGCAUGUGCUGAGAUUUGCUCUUUGCGUGCUUGUGCUGCCAACCGGGCGGCGGGUAAAUAUUUGGUAGUCUAUCGCGCCGCAUGCAGGCUCUAUGAUGGAACUCGUCCACAAUGGGGUACGGGUAAGGGGGGGGGGGGGGGGGNACGCCGGGUUCUCACCGGACCAGGCUCUCACAUCACCAAGCGCGAAGCGCCGUAAGGUAUUCGGCGAGUCGUAUGAAGGUUGCGCUGCAUCCUGCUAAGGGUGUUCAGCAUCUUGUGCUUACAUCCUGGCAUACGGAUCACAGCUGCGUAUGACUUAAUUUAUUUUCUGGUGCUUCACUUCCAGAGACAGUUGUAAGCGCUGUGUAACUGCCUAUAGGGUGGUUGACCAUUUUAACACAACGUGGUGCGAUCAUCCUCCUUGCGCGGAGUGAGAGUUCUCCACCCCGCACAACAUGAUCUACUCGACCACCAUUAUGGUUGCCGCCAAAAAAAAAAAAAGGUACGGAGUACGGGUAUUUCUGUAGGAUCACACUCUUGCAGCGGGGCUCUCCGGUUAGAGAGGCAGGCCGUAGGGCAGUUACCAACCGCGAAAGCGUCAAAAGCAUGUCAAUGUGGGUACAAUUUGGAAGUCUAGGCCAAUUUAUGGUCUCUUGUUGCAUUUGUGUUGUGGCGAAAAGCAGCAAUUGCAUCCAAAAUUUGUGAUAAUUUUCGUUUGUGAUUGUCGUGUGUUUUUGGCAAUCGUUACCGUCGGAUUGUGUUUUGACGUCUUCAUUGUCGGUGUUGGUUGGUGUAUAUGUGUGUUCGGUA